AUGCCCUCUACAUUGGCCGCCAACGCUUCUUCCCCAUCGCAGCCCCAAAUGGGGCCAAACGGUGUCACGCCUUUGGACCCGUGGUCAGAAGAGUCGCCCCAGACCCUUCGAGCCUUGGCCAACAAGAGCGAUGUUCCGAAGACCACCAUCAUUCGGCACAUGAAGGAUGCUGCUCGCUUGAAGGCGCGUUUAAGCUACGUGAAGCCCUUCCUCACGCUGGAGAACAUUCGAGAGCGACUGCGCAACGACUAUAAGCUCCCUCACAUGAAGAAGGAUGCGCUCAUAUCAGACUUCACAGCCUUCAAUGUUGAGUGCGAUGCCUAUAACUACGAGAGUGCCUUGAUUCACUUGAACUAUCGACUUGGCGAGGAAGCAUCCAUGGAAGUACUGGUGAAUUCCCAGGAACAAAGUCUCGUGGAAGAGGAAUAA